GAAGUUGAUAAAGCCAUUUUUGCAGGAUUAAUGGGUCAAUUAGAAGAAUUAAGAGCAAAAAGUGGAGAGUUAGGACCAAAUUCAGAUGACGAUGAAAAUACUGAAGAAUUAUCUUUGACAGAUAAUGAAUCAGAUGAGAUACGCAAGAGAUUAGAACUAAAUC